UUACAUGUAAAUAUUUUAGUUCUCAAGUAAAUCUGUUCUGGAGGCGUACACAGGAUUUAUACGCAAUGUUAAACGUGCAGAUGACGCAAUUCGAGUAGCUCGAAUUAAACCUGCUUUUGAUAGAUUUUUACAGGAAAUGAGAAAGGAAAGGAAAGGAGAAAGACUGAGCCUGACAGAUCUGCUGGCAAAGCCUCAUCAACGAAUACCAAGAUAUCGUCUUUUAAUUCAGAGACUGCUGGAGCACACAGAUCCUGAGCACAGUGAUUAUCUGCUACUGAGGCGUGCAGAGCGGCAGAUUCAUGAACUUGCUCUGCAGAUAUCUAGUGUAGAGAAGGAAGCAACAGAACAGGAAAUAAGACAAGGAGUGCUGAAAAGAUUGGAACUGAUAGUUCAUGGUUUAGCUCCAGGAGAUCUAGCUAGUCAAUCUAGAACUCUAGUUAGACAGGAUUUAGUAAGCAGUUCAACGACGACCUGGAUUAGGAAGGAGAGAUGUAUAUUUCUGUUCUCCGAUCUUCUCCUGAUCACAACAGUGUCCAGGAGGGGGACCAGGUCCACCAAGGAAGGGAAGAAGAGUGUUAUUGGGUAAAGUUUUUCAUCUUAU